CAGAAUGCAGGUCCUGCUCCUAGUCCUUUGGCCCAAAUCCCCCCAAACGAUGGGAUGGGUGGUGGUCCAAUGCCUCCAGGGGGUUUCUUUCCGAAUUCCCAAAUGCGGCCAUCACCUUCCUCUCAGCCGUCCCCCCACCCCACACCCCCCCAGAUGAUACCAAGUCAGCCUUUCAUGUCCCCACGAUACCCCGGUGGACCUCCUCGGCCUGGCAUGAGGAUGGGGAUUCGAGAGUUCAAUGGCCCUCCUGGUCAGCCCAUGAUGCCCAAUAGCAUGGAUCCCACCAGACCAGGCCCACCAGCAAUGGGACCAAUGGGACCCAACAUGACAGCACCUCGAGGUCCAGGUCCAGGGGGGCCUGGUCCUGGGAUGCCACCAGGUGGGCCCAUGGGUCCUGGACCAGGUGCAUAUGGUCCACCUGGGAUGCGUGGCCCCCCACCUCCCAACACAAGUAUGGGACCCAUGCCCCCUAUGUCCAUGGCUGGACCGAGGCCUGGGGGCCAGUGGCACCAGCCCCUUACCUCAGCUGGCCCACCUGGGUCAGCAGGACCCCCUGGACCAGGGACUCCCAUAAUGCCCAGCCCUCAAGACUCAUCAAGUUCUGGAGGGGAUGGGAUGUACCCAAUGAUGAAGCCUGUACCUGGAGGAGGAAUGCCUGGAGAUUUCCCCCUUGGUAGUGGUCCAGAUGGGAGCACAUUAGGACCGGGAAUGGGGCAUGGAGGGCCGGGGGGUCCUCCGGGUGGUCCCCCAUGUAGCAUGUCAGGCCCUCCAGGUCCUGGCGGUGGUCCUGGUCCCGUCAUGAAUGGGGGUGAAGGGUUGGAGAUGAAGAACUCCCCUGCCAAUGGGGGACCAGGCACACCCAGGGAAGAUGGUAACAAUGGACCCUCUGGACCUGGUGGCCCUCCUCCAAACAUGGGUGAUUAUAGCCUAGGUGGUUAUAGCAGCACUGGUGAAAAUGACCAGUUGGAGUCGGCUGCCAUUUUGAAAAUCAAGGAAAGCAUGCAGGAAGAAGCAAAGCGCUUCGAAAAGGACUCUGAGCAUCCAGACUAUUCCUUCAUGCAAUAGUAGUGGCACACACAAAAGAGUGUGGGAAAAUGUGAAAGGUCACAUCUUCCUGGUUUUUGUUUCUGUUCGCCGUAUGGGUGAGUGCCGAUUCUCACAAGUCAUAUCUCCCUCUUUGUGAGCAAGAAUCUCAGUUGGGAAAAACCACACAUGACGUGGUGCAGCUACAGAUGAAUACAGUCAAGGAUCCAUGACAGACCGAAAUGGACUCAGAUGCUGCAGCACAAAGAGAAGCAUCAUGCGAGGAAGCAAAAGACGCCAAAAAGACAUCAGGGCUUAUGGUAGCCCAAUUCCUUUUGAAAGAAUUCUAUUAUGGAAGACAGAGAGAUGUUAUGGAUGCCAUAAGUGAAAUAAUUAUUAUGAUGAUGGCAUGUGACAAAGAGUUCUUGUACAUAGUCUGUGAGGAUGAUGACUGCUAAGUGGUUUUUCCACAUGUUGUUUCUCUUGCUCUCGGCAUCAGUUUUUUUAAAUCAAUUUCUUCUCAUGAUCUCUUGCCACUUUUUCUCUCGUGUUCUCUCCCCGUCUCUCUUCUGAUAGCUUGAACCACAUGUGCCAAAACAAACUCCUUUUUCUUUACCAUUUUUCAGUGGACCUCAGUUCUCUAAAGGCUCAUAUUUGGAAUUUCUGCAGGUUUUUUUUUGUAGAAUAGCUUGGGGACAGAAGGAUACUUACAAUUGUGGUAUCUAAGUAUCCUCUAUAGUCCAUAGUUCCUUUGGGUCCUCAAAAUUGGUUGCCCGUUGGCAGAACGAGUACAAACCAUGAAAACACCAUCAUAGUACAUUUGGAUGCAUAAAUAUAGGAACUUCGGUUGCCUUUCCUUGUGGGUUUAUAUUGUUCCAGUCUUGUUUUUUCUCAUCUCUGCACACACAGACACAUAUACAUGCAUGCUGCAAUGCAUAAAGACAUGAAAGUGCACGGGCAUUCUCCGUCCAAUUUUAUUUUCUCAUUGUUUUAAUUUCUGCAGUCCUGUCUCCGCUUCCUCGUCAGGUGGUUCCAUCUCUGAUGUUGGUUUGUGAUCUCGGAGAAAGGGUUUUUUUUAUUAAUUAUUAUUCUUGUCUAGCCACCCUAGUUCUCUGCCGUGGAGUGAAUGGAUCAUCUCAUGUGACCACUCUUGUAAAGUGAAUUCUGUGUUGCAACUCUUCGAGG